AUGCUACUCAUGGAGAAACAAUUACAAGAGACCAAAAUCAGUUGGACGUAGCCGCUGGGGAAGGUUUGCCGGGGCUUGAAUGCAGGGCCCAAGCCCCAUCUGGCCAGUCGGCCCGUCCAGAAAAUUGCCCCCACCCGCGACUGACCAUGCCCACUGCUCUCCUCUCUCUCUCUCCCCUCGCUGCAACAAGAAUCGCUGCAACAAGAAGAUUGCCGCAGCUUAUCUCCUCUUUUUCUCUCUCCCCGAUCACACGUGUUUUGGAAGUACGUUCUCUCAAUUCGUCUUGUCGAAUUUUCUCACCUCUUCUCAGUUUUUCUUCUCCAGAUCCAAAUUCCUCUUUUCUGCAUACCAGCGUACCGCAUCUCAAACCCUAGGCUCAUAAGAACUAGGCUUCGAAAUUCAAAGAAAUCCCAAAGCAAAAACUUCCCCAGUCUCAUAGAUCACCUUCAAAAAAUCCGCAGAAAAAAAAGGGAAAGAACACAUUAGAUGAUCCAUGUCUUGCUUAGCUCUUUCUCUGCAACCCGCCAAUGGCGCUGACAUUUUGCUCCAAACCAGGGAAUGGUUCCCCCCGGCGAGAGCCCUCGUGGCUCUCUCCGCCUUCCGCCAAACCCGCCUUGCAUUCGCCAGCGGCAAGCACCAAUCUGCCGAGGAUGGCGAUUCGUCGCUUGGCGAUGACCCCCUGGCUGCUUCGAGCGGCCAACUCAUUGUGGGUGUUGAGAGCCGCUACCGGGUUGUGUACCGAUUGGUUAAUGGGAUCUAUGUAUUGGGAAUCACCACCGUGGAUCAGGAUGACACCGUGAACAAUGUGUUUGAGUGUAUUGGGAUUGUUAAUCAGGCUGUGAGUGUUGUUGUGGCUGCCUGCCGCGGGGUUGAUGUCACCCCUGAGAAGUUGAGUAAGAAGUAUGCGGAGAUAUACAUGGCAUUAGAUAUAGUCUUGAGGGGUGUGAGUAGUAUUAGGCUUGCAGCCAUGCUUGCCUCAAUGCACGGGGAUGGUAUUGCAAAGAUGAUGCAUUCAGCAAUUGACACGGAGAAUAAGAUUAGGGGGGCAAACAGUUGGAGUAAUGUGGAAAUACAUUCGAUUGAGCAUCAAGCGGGUGUGGAAUCAUUUUCAAAUGCAUUGUUUGAGCUGCCUCCUGAGACACUAGCAGCUGGUGAUGAGGUUGUUUCGACUAUAGUUCCAGCAGUUCAAAGCUCAGCAAAUGAGCAAGAUCAGCAGGAGAAGAUGGUGGAGGAGUCUUCAGCUGAAAAGGAUCCAUUUGCAGCAAGUGAUACAAUCAAUAAGCCUGAGGAGCUAGUGGCUGGGUUUAAGAAAAAUAGAGAUCCAUCUGCCACGGAUUUGUCAACAGCAUUGGCAGGCCUUGAAGUUACAACUCUGCCACCUGCUGAGGCAACACAAUCAACAUUUAUUGGUGUUGAGGGGUUUGAAGGAGAUUAUGGUGGUAUAGAGUUCAAUAAUGAGGAGGCAUCACUCACAGAAACUUUUGAAGGGUUUCACGAAGCUUUUGGUGGGGGUUUGGAUGCAUCAGAGUUCGUGGGGACAAAGAAAAUUGCAAAGUCACAGGGACUUGGUGGCCUUGAAUUUUUACAAACUGGGCAGGGUGAUGUGCCAAAAGCUGCUGCAGAUGGAUCGGGUGCUCCUCUUGAGAACUUGUUGGUGAAAAAAACUGAAAUGAAGGGGCCUGAGAUGUAUAUCUCUGAAACAAUCAGUGUGGAGUUUAGGGAAUCAUUGCUUGUUAGGGUUGGAUUAAUGGGCGUGCUCUAUUUAAAAACUUUGCCCCCAAAAACUUCAGGUGAUAUAGAUACUGAGUUCUCUUUCAAAAUUGAUGGUACAAGUGGGGUUAAGAGAUUUGUUAUGCAAAGCUCCCGUGUUAGCAGCCUAGGGAAUGGGAUGUUUCAUCUGAGGACUGCACCCUCGGAUGAGCCUAUACCAAUCUUGAAGUAUAGUUUGCUACCGCGUUUGACUCCAAUACCUCUGAGGGUUCGGCUCAUCAAACGCCAUAGUGGGACUUUACUUUCUGUGAUGAUACAAUAUGUUUCAAAUCCAGAUUUGCUUGUACCUUUGAAUGGUGUGACAUUUAUUCUGAAGCUACCAGUUGAUCCAAGAUUGUUGAAGGUAUCGCCAAAAGCUGUCUUGAACAGGUCCAUGAGAGAAUUGAGAUGGCACAUCCCAGAGAUUCCUCUAAAAGGUUCUCCUGGUCGGCUGAGGGCGCGUAUGCCUGUGGAUUCAAUUGAAGAAGAUAAUGGAGAAGAAAUUGAAGUUGUUGGUCAUGUGGAAUUUUCUGUACAAGGAACUAGAACAUUAUCUGGGAUUUCUCUAAAGCCUUCGUCCGAGGGCAAGACAGACUUUUAUGAGGUUAAUCACAGGUAUGAGAGUGGGUUUUAUUUGUGCAAUUGAGCAAUGAUGAAAUGGUCAUCUGAGGGCAUGGAUGGAUGUGGAUUUGAUUGAAGAAGAUAGUGGAGAAGAAAGUAAAGUUGUUGGUCACAUGGGAUUUUCUGUACAAGGAACUAGAGCAUUAUCUGGGAUUUAUCUAAAGCCUUCUUUAGAGGGCAAGAGAUACUUGCAAGGUUAAUCACAGCUACCUGCAAAACACGUAAAGUAUAUAACCAGAGAUGUUGACCAGAACAGUUUACUAACCAGAGAUGUUGACCAGAACAGGCUGUUCCGUAGUCUUCCAUUUUGCACAAAUCUUCAUCCUGUGCUUAACAUCCUUCUGAUGAUGAGUUACCCAUUGCCUUGUGGGAAGCAUUGCUACUGUUGUGAUGUCCUAACAGCGACCUGCAAAACACGUAAAAUAUAUCACCAGAGAUGUCGACCAGAACAGGCUGUUCCGUAGUCUUCCGUUUUGCACGAAUCUUCAACCUGUGUUUAAGAUCCUUCUGAUGAUGAGUUACCCAUUGCCUUGUGGAAAGAGAAGAUCAAUUAGGAGAUAUGUUUCCCGAGGCCUUGGCUGAGGAUCAGUUUUUUCAUUUAUGUAACUUGGCCAUGAUUGAUAUCUAUGCCCCAACCUGAGGGAGAAUCUGAAGGAUGAAGGGCUUAUAUGCUUAUGUAUGGGCCUUUGGAACUGUACCAUUGUAUAUUCUUCUUUGCUCUAUUCUUCCAAGAUCUGAAUAGAAACUUCUGUAGGUUCCUUCAUAAAGGUUUUUGUGGGGUUUGGAUGUUUUGGACUUUGUGGUUCGGAUCAAAGUUUCAAAGCCAGGCAUUGAAUUUUUGCAAAUCAGAUAAACUAAUGCACUCGCCACUGCUGUGAAUGGAACCAGAGUUUUUCUUGAGAUCCUCUUUUAAAAAAUAUAAGUGGAAGGUUCUUAAAUGUACUGUUCAAAUGGGUCAGUCUGGUUUCCUUGUGGUUGGAGGGGGAAGGGGGUUCUAUUUAAAUGGUGCAUCCAAAUCUUAUUGUGGUAGAGAAAGGGUUUUUACUUCACAUUGAUGGUAAAGAUGGAUUAAGAUGGGGUUAUGAGACUUGUUAUGAAAUGCUCUCCAAUUACAGCCACAUCAUAUGUUCUAUGCAAGGAUGGGACUGUCAUAGGAUGGCAGCAUCUUUUAUGAUUUUCUGAAACUACUGGAUAGGCCAACACUUUUGAAGCUUUUACUAGAAACCAGCAGGUGAGAGAACUAAGGUGGAAAAAUUUUUUUUAGAGGGUUGUUUGGUCAACUAAGUGUCCUGAUGCUUAUGGCUUCUAGUGAGGACAGCAGAGAGGAACUGAGGUGGUUGAUUGUGUGACAUAUUUGUAGAACCUAGAUUAUUCUAUGAAGAAAUAUCACCUAAAUUUUCGAUCA